AUGGUGCAGAGGAUCCAGUGUCUUGGCCAGCCAGACUGCCAUAUCGAAACCACCUGGACUACUAUGGGGUUAUCUGAAAUGCUUGUACGGUACAUUGUACAUUCUUACCAGACGGUGGUCUUCCUUGGGCUAGCGGUGGACUCGACUGCUCGCUGCGACGACGGGUGGCUGACGACUGAACUAGAGAUUAGUGACACAAAGGAACUUAGGCGUAGCAAGAGAUCUGGCUGGAAGGCAUACUGCAGUGAGCUGGAGUCCCUGCCGGAGGCAGCCAGAUUAAUGAAGAUCUUAAGCUGCGACAAAAGGGAGAAAUUAGAAUCAUUAAAGAGGGAAGAUGGGACUUGGACCACUUCCAGCGAGGAGUGUUUAGAACUUCUGCUGGAAACUCACUUUUCAGGUGGAGGCCAUGUCGUCGAGGGCACCAGGGCGGAGCCAAUGCCACAAGCAGAUUGGCUCCUGGCCGAGGAGCUCAUUGGCGACGAGGCAGUAACCUGGACAGUGAAUGAGUUCGAACCCUACAAGGCAGCGGGGCCGGACGGAGUUUUCCCGUCGUUUUUGCAGAGGGGCCUGGACAUUCUCUUGCCAUGUAUGGCUUGGAGGUCAGCCAAGGUGGUCUUCAUCCCCAAGGCUGGGAAGGAAGACUACACUGCGGCGAAGUCUUUUAGGCCUAUCAGUCUCAUAUCCUUUCUGUUUAAAACGAUGGAAAGGAUUGUGGACAGGUAUCUGGUGGAUGGGGCGUUGAGUAGAUACCCAAUCCACACGAACCAGCACGCCUAUAGGCGGGGCAGGUCCACGGAGACGGCCUUACAUAGUGUCACACAUAAAGUAGAGAAGGCCCUUCAGUACAAGGAGGUUGUAUUGGCAAUAUUCUUUGACAUAGAAGGUGCCUUCGACAAGGCAAAAACUGAGACCAUAUGCAACUCGCUCCAAGACCGGGGCACAUCGCCUAUCGUGGUCGAAUGGGUGAGUUCCGCAUUGAAGGAAAGGAAGUAUUAUUCAGUGAUGCCGCUAGAUGUUCUAGUAGGAAUAGCCAUGAGCAUGGGGCCCAUAUUAAGUACAUGGCCCAUAUUCGGACCUUCUCCUCUACCGUACUCGGAUUCGGACUCGAAAUAA